CUGGCACCUGGUGUAAAUCAAAGAGCCUUCUCUGCGCGCGAGGAGAAGGGGAAUCAAGGAGGACAGCGCCAGCAGACGUUGCCUGUGAGCAAUCUGCUCUUGGAAAAGUUCUCUCUAAGGUGCCUUCGAAAAUGUUCCUGACGUGCCAGCGGUGACCAACUUGACGGUCAAAAGUGCACCGAAGAUUUCUCAUGCUGUCAGGUCUGCGGCAUUGCGGCCGCCUUAGACGCCUACCACUUGCAUUGGAAGACAGGACUUCGAAUUUUCUAGAACAGCCGCAUGCGCAAGGGAUCUGGUCACAACAAUCAUUGCAUUUGAUUCUCAGAAGGGGACUUAGGCAUACCUCUGCACUCUUCAACACCCUUGGUACCAAUCGGUCGAAUAGCCACCACCCAAGAUUGCAAUCUAUAUCACUAGGCAAUGAACUAUCUGCUGCAGUGACAGACAGGAAGAGCGCCGUUCGUAAGCAGGUGCGACAUAUAUCGGCUAUGACUAAACCGACCCUGGAACAUAGAAGCGACUUCUUCAAGGCCACCAAGCAAGUGAACCAGGAUCACGUGCUGAUAGUCCUGAAUUACAGCCUGCCGUCCUUCGUUCCUCUCCUUUGGGAACAGAGCAGAUUACGAGUCUGUGCAGACGGUGGUGCAAACCGGAUAUACGACGAGCUUCCCCGCAUCUUUCAGGAAGAAGAAGAGUCAGCCGUUCGAGCAAGAUACAUUCCAGAUGCAAUCGUCGGCGACCUUGACUCGUUGCGACCAGACGUGCGGGACUUCUACACUCAGAAUAGUGUUCCGAUCAUCGAUCUAUCACACGACCAGGACACCUCCGACCUGCACAAGUGCAUCAAAUACGCACAGGGCGCAAAUCCAAGUCUAACGCAGCAGUCCAAGCUCUUGGUGGUCGGGGCGGUCGGGGGCCGACUAGACCAUCAGCUAUCGAACAUCCAUAUCUUAUACAAGUUCCGAGACCUGCGGAUCGUGCUCUUGGGCAAGGGCAACCUCGCGCUACUACUACCGGAGGCCUUCGAGCACGAGAUAUAUCCUGAUCGGGGAGUUGAGGGCCCCAUCUGCGCGCUAAUACCGGUCGGGUCGCCCGUGUCCGACGUACACAGCACGGGCUUACGAUGGAAUCUAGGUGGACAGUCAUUACAAUUUGGGGAGCUUAUCAGCACGUCAAAUGAAAUCAAAGCCGAACGAAUAUCGGUCCGAGCCAAAGGGCCACUCCUGUGGACUACCGAACUGACUGGGACUCCAGGCCUUCAAACCAGUAGUUCGUGAUAAGAUCUAACCAACCAAAAGAGGCCUAGGCAUGCAAGAAUAGAGUAGCUGACGUGUAAGCUGGUUUUCCUGCUUGGGAAGCACCGUACUAAAAGUCGGAAGCACUGCCUUCGAGUGGUACUAAGGAUUUCGAUCUCGCAAAGCAAUCUCGAACUUAGACUUGUGAGUGCCAUCGGCGCAACGGACGUCAGAUGUGGCAAAUGGAUUGCCCUGCUGCAGCCGUCGCGUUAUUUAGGUUUCCACGGGGCUUCAGGUAUCAAGCGACCUACGACCCUCUUGAAACGCCACCACUAAGUUCGGCCGCAGGUAGUUGUAUUGAUUGUACGUGCGCAUUGGCCACGAGGAUUGCAGCCUAACAUGACC